AUGCCUUCACUGUGGCCCUUCGCGCGGGACGACUCGUCCCCCGCCUCCUUCGAGAAAGCCCUCUCUAGGCUAUCUACGCAGAUCACCUCCUCCUCAGUCUCCCUCGACAAAACCCGCACACGUGCCCAUCGCGCCAAGGCAUUCUGGACCUUGUGGAGCACUCUCGUCUAUCUCGUCUACACGGCCCUCAUUGUUCUUGUCCUCGGCCCACAACAAUGGAGCCUACCACAUUAUAUUGGUCUGGCAGGCACACCAAUCGUCGUGUAUGGCGUGAGAAGGAUCCUAGCGCUAUACUUUGAUUGGCAGAUAGCGAGGCGGCAGGGACAUCUCGAUAGACUGGUGGCGGAGAGGGAUCAGAAGAUCGCGCAGCUGAAGAAGGCAACAAGGUAUGAUACUACGCAAGAGUUGUUGAACAAGUAUGGAGGCAGUAUGCCUAGAGCACAAUCGGGGGCAAAACAAGGUACGAAAAGGAAAGUGGCCACUCCGAAGCCGCUUGAACCACCACAGCAAAGGACAGGCCUAUCACCUCCACCUACAGCGAACAUUCCGGGGCGUAGUCCGCAAGCGGGUUCAAGGCCAUCCACCCCAGCCCGACAAAUACCUAAUGCCAACUCACCACCACCCAGUAUGACCGCCAGAUCCCCUCUAUCCACCUCAACGUCCUACGAUCUCUCUCCAGACGAACCCGGCUUCGCUCCCAACGCCUUCUCCUUACCCCCACCACCCUCCUCCUCCGCGUACGCUCCAGACCAACAACACAGAUGGUACGACCGCAUCCUCGACGUCAUGCUCGGCGAGGACGAAACCCUCGCCAAGAACCGUCUCGCCCUGAUAUGCGGUAAUUGCCGGCUUGUAAACGGCCAGGCACCACCGGGUAUCAGGUCGCUAGAGGAAAUCGGGCGAUGGAGAUGUGGUAGUUGUGGGGCGUGGAAUGGAGUGGAGAAGGUCGAGCAGGGUGUGGGACAGAUGAUGCAGGAGAUGAGGGUGAAAGAGGAGAGAGGAGAAGAGGGAGGGUAUGGAGAGUGGAUGAAGGUCAGUCGCGGGGAUGAGGAUGACGGUGCAUCGCCGGAACUAGGUACCGAGAAGGGGGUCAAGGAGGAGGACCAGAACGAAGAUGAAAGUGAAGAUGAACUUGGAGAUGCUGCAAAGGACGACGUGCCUGACUCGCCCGGAAGCGGUGGUAGUGACAGUGGAGAGGCUGAGGAGAAGGAAGCCGAGUCCGUAGCGGCGCGAGUGGCUAAGACCAAGCGUGGUAGUAGACGCGCACAGAAGAAAUAG